AACAUUAUUGAAUUAAGCCGAAACGCGGAGAUCAAAACCAGAGCUUGGUUGGGACCGAGGUUUAUGCUUUAGCCCUCUGGAAAAUGGGAUUUGGAGCUUUAAGAUAUCUCGUUCGACCUUUAACUCGAACCGUACUGUCCCGCGCCUCCGCCACCUGUCCGGCGAGAUCGAUUCUGUCCUCGAUUCCGUCUCCGAAACUGGAUUUGGGUUUCGCUUUUGCGGUGGCGGUUAACGGAAAAUCUCCAUGGAUCUCGGUAUUUGCUCGCUUUCACAGCUUGACCGACACUCGUUACCCGAAGAGAAGACCCCAGGACAAGCCGCGCCGGAAGCGAGCUAGCUUGAGGCCUCCAGGACCAUAUGCCUGGGUACAGUAUAUGCCGGGGCACCCAAUUCUUCCCAACAAUCCCAAUGAAGGGAGUGUCAAAAGAAGGAACGAGAAAAAGCGCAUGAGGCAGCAUCGGGCAUUUGUUUUGGCUGAAGCAAAGAAGAGGAAAGCUCUGGUGCAGGAAGCUAAAAGGAAGAAGAAGAUUAAGCAAGUAGAGCAUAAGAUGGCUGCAGUUGCAAGGGAGAGAGCAUGGGUUGAGAGACUGGCAGAACUGCAACGGCUUGAGAAAGAGAAGAAAAAAGCCAUGGCUUGAAUUAUUACUCUCUAGGACUUCCAUCUUCUGAUGCUACACAGCUUUAGCAACAUCCUACCUAGUUGCCAUAAGCUCCCUGUAUUUGGUACCUCCCAGGUUGGUAGUUUAAACCGCUGCCUGGUUUGGGUGUUUUGACAUUUAUAACAUUAGGAGUUCUUUUGCACUUAUACAAUGGUAGACUGGGCAUGCAUUAUAUUUUGCAUACAGAAUUUAUCAACAAUAAGUUUCUAAACAUAACUCAAUUGAACAUGUUCUCUUCUCCAUGGCUGACCUCCUUUACUCGGGGUCUCCCUUUACA